UUCCCUUCUCUCCUUAAAAUCGUUCUUUUUAAAAAAAAAGACCACCGCCUUUGUUCUUCACAGUUGAACCCCUCGAACAGUCUCACCACCGCCGCCGCAGCUAGCCACCACAACCAUGCUCUUCCUUCUCUGUUAAUUACCGUCACAUACCUGCUUUGCCUUGUCCGUUCGCCUUCGAAGUGUGCCCUACAUCCGAACACUCUCAAGUCUGAACUUCAGGCAGCUAUCUCACAUCAAGUGUAAGAAUGGUUAUGACAAGGAGAAUGAGUAGAAAGCAAAAUCAUGAUGAUGCAUCAUCUAGCAGCAGCAGCAGUAGUAAGAUGAUCAAGACUGAUGAUGUGGACGUGGGACCAUGGUCAUACCUCAACCAUGAUGUGCUUUUGUUAGUUUUGAUGCAACUCGGAGUAAUCGAUUUUCUUGCAUUCAGUGGGGUUUGCAAGACAUGGAGAUUAGUAGCAAUUAGCAACUGGAAAACGUUUAUGGCAUCUAAAUCGCCCAUGUUGUUGCGUAUUUCUACUCGUGGUAAUGAUAAAGAUAAGGAAUGCUGCCUAGAGGAUUCUCAAGGACGAAAGUUCAAAACCAUACUUCCCCGUUCUGUUGGUAGCUCCUUUAUUGGAUUAACUUGUGGUUACUUGAUCUUUUUUAGGGAGAAAACGUACGAUUUCUGGCUUGUGAAUCCUAUCACUAGGCAUGAACUUCAUUUCCCUCCUGUCCCUUUUGACUGUGUCUUUUUUGGUACACCAAAGUUCACUGCUGUCCUUGUCCAUUCACCUUCGAUAUCUUCUAUGCAUGUGCUUAUUAUGUUAAACAUAAUCCGGAACGAAAUAUGGAUUUCUAGAGAGGGUGAGGAGGGAUCAUGGAAUCGUGUCGCCUUACUCAUAGAUGUCAAGUAUUUACAUGCUUUCAAGGGGAAAAUAUAUACUUUAUGCUGUAAAGCCGGUUCAUUGAAAGGAAGACAUAUAUGUGAACUUACACUGAAUCCUAAGCCCAAAAUGAAGUGGCUCAAAAUCAAGAAUUUUCCAAAACAAACCUUCUUGUUUCCGAAGCUUAUAAGUUCGGGUGAAAAGCUUUAUGUGAUGGAAAACUUUUCAGUCUACUUCCAUAAUGUUCAUGAACUAGAUUUUGACAAAAUGGAAUGGGUGCGGUUUCAAAAAACAACAGAUGAAUGUGGGUUUUUUCUUAGUGAAUUCAGACAUGGCGCUGUUGUUAAACCAGAAUUGUGGGCCGAUCUUCAAUCACAACCUGAGGGAUGUAAUUUUUUCGAGGAAGAAGGACAUGGAAAAUUCUUUACCACAAGGCAGUGGUAUUUUCCUCAUGAAUGCUCAUCUCUUAGUCCUUAGAUGAGUCAUGGCUUGUCACUUUUAUGUCGGGAAAGAUUUACAAGUUUUUGAGAUUUGAGAAGCAGCAUUGCAUUAGUGGAUUUGAAUGUUGCAAUUUACUUUUUUCGUUUGUUGAGUGAACAAACAUUAUAUAUAUUUAUCUCCUUUUUUGUAAUUUGGUAGUUUCAUUUGUUGCUUUGAGAUGCGUGGCUAAUGUAUCAUGAAUUUAUUUUAAACUAGAACCUGUUUGAUUGACAUCAAGUUUUUGGUUUUUAUCUUUCUAAGAUCCCACAAACUAUUAUAUA